AGAAGAAGAAAAGAAAAGAAAAAAGUUAAAAUAUCCUCAAGACUGCGACAAAAGAAGAUAAACAAGAAGAAAGAGAAAAGGGAAAAAGGAGACGAGGAGGAAGAAGAAACGGACCAAAAGAAACUUCAGGAUUUGGUGUUUCUGCUCUCCAGAAAAGACCGACAGACAUUAGAGACAGGCAGGCAGAGAGACUGUCUGGAGGACGGAGAGACUCAGUCUUCUGACUGUGGUUGAUCUUGAACUGCCAGUGAGACACUCAGCAUCCGUCUGUUUGUGCGUCUCAGAGGACCGGGGAUGACACCGGCUGGUGUCGCCGCCCUCAGCCGGACCCACGGCUACUCCUGUGGGCACUCAGAGCUCUGACAGUCCGCUGCUGCAGCGAAUGAGGGGACCAGAACCAAAACUGGACCUGGACUAGCUGUGGAUCUGUAAACCCGGAUUAAAGAGACCGGAGUGGAAUUAAGUGGAUCAUUGCGGUCAGGAUGUCCUCCGAGCUGGCUGUAGGUUUGGUCUUCAGGGGUCUGCUGCCCCUCAGCCUGACUGCAGCUUGUGUGUUGCGGUAUAACGGAUUCUCUCUGGUCUACAUCCUCCUGCUGCUGCUGCUGCCCCUGCUCCCCGAACCAUCCGCCUCCUCCUCCACCUCAGGUAACACAUGUCGCUGUGUGACGGCGGUGUGUGUUUCCAGUUUCCUCUUCCUGUUACUGCAGUCCUUCUUCCAGCUGACCACCGCAACCUUGCAGCCCGAGUACAAUUGUACGUCGUGGCAGAAAGCUCUCAGUCAGCUCGGCCUAGUAAGUCUGACAGGAAGUGAUGUGGGCUCUGCAGUACGACACAUGUUUCCAGAUGUUGGUGUGCUGAUCGUUGGUCUGCUGACCUGGAGGCUGAUUGUAAGACUGAACACGGACACACACGCACAGCCACAGCAGGAGGAGCAGCAGGCAGAGGAGCAGCGGGUGGAGGAGGAGCUGGUCUUUGAGGAGGACUCUGUGCUCAGUGAAGAGGAGGAGGAGCAUGAGGAAAGCGGCAGGAACAGGAUUCUGGUCGAACUGGAGUUACUGGUUGGUAAAACCAGGGAGAUGGUGGGAAACAUGAUGACAACUGGAGGGAAAGUCCUGCUGACGGCUCUGCUGGGGCUCACAGGUAUCAUCUUCCCCUCUCUCUCCUCCCUCCUCUAUCUCAUCUGUUUCCAGAUGUUGUGUACUUGGUGGGCCUGGUCAGGUCAGGUCCCAGCACUCCUCUUCAGGUGUGUGUCUGUGAUGUCACUGCUCUACUCCUCCUGCCACUUCUUGCUUAUCUACUGCUACCAGCUGCCUUCGCUGCAGGAGGCGUGGCCUCCCAACCGCACCUCUGCCAGCGUGUUUGGCCUGGUCCAGGUGUUCUCGGUAGACUGUGCUGCCCCCUGGAGUCUGCAGGUGAACACUGAGCUCAGCUGGUUUCACUUCAGCAGUCCCCUCAUGCUGCUGCUGCUCUACAAUACUGUGGCCACUCUGUGGAGGAACCAGGUGCUGAUGAACUGCAACAGCAAGCAGGAUUUGCAGAGAGCAGAGUCAGCAGUCAGUGAGAGCUGUGAUAUCAUGACCGCCACCAGCAACCUGAGUGAUGAGCUCAGUGCUGACAUCACAGCAGAGAGGCGGAGGGAGUUGUGGAGAAGAGCUCACAAUCGACCAGAGUACAGAGACGUGCUGGGGUCAUCAGCCAAUGACAGUGCCUCUGACUCUCUUGCCCCACCAACCCAGAGCACGGGCCUGGGAUUGGAUGUUUACUCUCUGCCUCACUACUCUCUCAGCCAAUCAGACACGUUGGAAACAUGUGCUUUUGAAGGAGAUGGAUGGGAGGAGGAAGAUGUGGAAGAAGAGGGAGUGAGGAGAAGCAGUGAAGAGGGAGUCAGUGCUGCCUCGAUGGCGUUCAGCUUCCUCCUCAAACAGAGCUAUAUCUGCGCUCUGAUCGCCAUGAUGGCCUGGUCCAUCACAUACGUGUCCUGGCUGACAUGUGUCCUGCUGCUCUGGUCGUGUGUCCUCUGGAUGACACGAGAGCGUCGCCACUACACGCUGAUGUCAUCGCCCUGGCUGGUUGCCUACGGUAACCUGCUGGUUAUCUUGCAGUAUAUCUACAGCUUCCCCUCUGUGCAGGAAGUCCCUGGACUGUUCCCAAGAAAAGAUGAUCCUCCAAGGGAGCUUGCCUCCAAGUUAUUGUGUCUGUUGACCUUCUGGCUACUGCUGCGUCAGGCAUUGACUGAGAAGAGAGACGGACAGAAAGACAGGCAGACAGACACACAUCUGUCUACCGUCACUGUCCACAUGGAUGAGGAGCAAGGGCCAAUUGGAGAUCUGGAAGAGAAGAAGAAGGAGGUGUCGUAUGAGGAGGCGCUGCUCCUGCAGGGAGGAGGAGGACGAGUUAAGAUGGAGGCUCUGGUUGCUGUGGUCAGCAGGAUGUUUGUUAAAUACUGGAUCUACGUCUGUGGGACGAUGUUCUUCUUUGUCAGUUUUGAGGGGAAAAUUGUACUCUACAAAGUCAUCUACAUGGUUAUGUUCCUCUGCUGCGUUGCCCUGUACCAGUUGAACUAUGAGCGUUGGCGCACCUUGCUCAGGGGUUUCUGGGUAGCUGUAGUGGUUUACUCAAUGCUGGUUCUCAUCCUGGUCUACACCUUCCAGUUCCCCUCAUCCCCUCACACCUGGAGCUACUACAGUGGACUCAGCACUCACAGGUUGGAGGAUGUUGGUUUGGAGAAGUUCUCAGUUCCGGUACUCUUCACUAAGAUCUUCAUCCCUGCUGCGUUCCUAUUGGUGUGUAUUGUACACCUGCAUUACUUUCACGAGCCGUUCCUGCGGCUGACUGACCUGAAGACUGUGGUGAACACACACAACAGCACUAUCACCAGGUUGGUCCACUCUGAUGGUAGUCUUUUUGAUCUGUCAAUGGGCGGAGCCACUCAGCUUCUCCUCGAGGAGGGGAAGAGAGGGGGACAGAAGGAGAGACAGGAGGAGACAAAUAGCCAGUGGAUAAAAGAGGAGGAGGAUGAAGAGGAAGACCUCUGUGAUGUGUUUCAUGGGGAAACUCUGUCAGACCACAUGACGGUGCUGGUCUCCUGGAGGUUGGUGGUGGAUCGUCUCUCUGUUUUGUUCUUGCGCCUCCUGCUGUCCCUGCAGCGCCUGCAGCACCUCCUCUGGUGGCUUCUGGAACUUCACAUUGUCAAGAUUGUGUCCUCCUACAUCAUCUGGGUCUCUGUGAAGGAGGUGUGUCUGUUUAAUCUGGUGUUUGUGCUGUGUGUGGGCGUGGCUCUGCCCUGCAGGACGUGGCGCCACGUCCUGUCAGGAGUCUGUACAGUUUGGACCUGUGUGGUGACCGUCUGUAAGAUGUUGUACCAACUCAAUGUUGUCCAGCCAAUCAAAUACUCCUCCAACUGCACCAUGCCUGGGAACUCCAGCACCGACCUGUCGCACUCAGUCUUGUACUCUGGUCCAGUUGACCCUGCCGAGUGGGUGGGGCUUCACAAGACAGAAGGAAAGCUGCUUGAUUACCUGAGGUGUAACCUGAUGAUGUUAGGGCUGUUAGCCUUUGAGGUGACAGUUUACAGACACCAGGAGCUCUACCGUCUCCGCCACAACAAAGUCCCGCCCCCCACCAGAACGCUGUUUCAUGACAUCACAAGGCAUCACCUGGAUGACAGUGUGCUGAGCUGUAUUAAGUACUUCCUCAACUAUUUCUUCUACAAGUUUGGACUGGAGACUUGCUUUCUAUUGGCUGUGAAUGUGAUUGGUCAACGAAUGGAUCUGUUUGCUGUAGGCCAUGCCUUUGGCCUCAUCACUGUAAUAUCACGUCGCACCAGGAAGAGCAUCGCCUUGGUUUGGCCCAAGUACUGCUACUUCCUGUCAGGCAUGUUAUGUUUCCAGUACCUGCUGUGUAUUGGAUUCCCUCCUGCUGCCUGCAAAGAUUAUCCAUGGAGACCUCCGUCCUCCAACAUGGACUCCAAUGUGGUGAAGUGGCUUUUCCUCCCUGAUCACCUGACACCACCGAAUCCGCUCUUCCUCCUCUAUGAUUUCUUACUCCUCCUCGGGGCCUCUCUGCAGCUGCAGGUGUUUGAGGAGGAGCUUCAGCCAUCAGUUCAGAUGCUUGCAGGAGACAACUGUGAACUGGAUGGAGAUGACGGACAGGUCUCUGACCCAGUAAGACGACUUCAUCUCAACCCGGUGCCUGACUUUAUGAUGUGCAGGUCUUACCUGGACAUGAUGAAGGUGAUCAUCUUCAGCUACAUGUUCUGGUUUGUUCUUACCAUCAUCUUCAUCACAGGGACCACCAGGAUCAGUAUCUUCUGUAUGGGUUACCUGGUGGCCUGUUUCUACUUCCUGUUGGUGGGUGGAGACCUGCUGCUGAAACCGGUCAGAUCCAUUCUGGUGUACUGGGACUGUCUGAUUGGCUACAACAUGUUCGUCAUCACCAUGAAGAAUAUUCUGUCGAUCCUGGCCUGUGGUUUCAUUAAGUCGCUGGUGUUCAAUCACUGCUGGCUGAUUCAGCUCUUCAGUUUGGCCUGCACCAUCAAAGGAUACACCAAACCGGAGCAGCAAAGCAGUAAGCAGUGUGAGUUGCCAAGUGAUGAAGCAGGGAUCAUCUGGGAUGGAGUCUGUUUCUGUUUCCUGUUACUCCAGAGAAGGGUCUUCAGGAGUCACUAUUUCUUGUAUGUGGUCCUGGACCUGCAAAAUACACAACUACUGGCCUCUAGGGGGGCAGAGCUGAUCGAGGCAUCCACAGUGAAAGCUGUCAGAGCAAGACUGGAGGUAGAGAAGACAUCCAUGGACAUGCUAAAGAGACAGAUGGAGAGGAUUAAAUCUCGACAGCAGAAGUUCCGCAGAGGAAAAGAGAAAAUGCUGAGUUUGACCCAAGACAGCUUCAACACUGACGGUCAAGAAAACAAGAAGGGGCAUCGGCAGACAGAAUGGUGGAGACCCUGGGUAAACCACGCCUCCAUGGUCAGGAGUGGGGACUAUUACCUUUUUGAGACAGACAGUGAGGAGGAAGAGGAGGAGGAAAAGAAGGAGGAAGAGGACAAGAAGAAGGAGGAGGAACUGCCUGAGAAAUCAGCCUUCCAGUUUGUCUAUCAUGCCUGGAUAACAGACUCUAGAACAGCAAUGCGAGCUCGCAACAACCAAAAGAAACUCUGGAAGAAGAACUCCUCUGACCGAAAGAGCAGGAGGGAGGAGAAGAGAGGAGGUAUAGAAGUGAUGGAGGAGACGGAGGAGCACAGAGAGGAGGAGGAGCAAGAGAAAGAGGAAGGACCAGACACAGUGCUGCGUCGGUUCUUCAACACAUUGCGGUUCUGUUGGGUUCUGCUGUCGGCUCUGUUGGAUUCUCUGACGGCCUGGCUCAGAGGUCUGUGUCAGGAACACAUCGACAUCUCCACCGUCCUCCGUAUUGAGCGCUGCAUGCUAAUGCAGCAGGCCAAGCAGGGUAAUGUUCCUACCAGAGAGGCAAUCCGCGUUUACUACCAUGAACAGAUGAUGAAAAGUUCCAGAGAGACAGUCAUGGACUACAGUUCCCAUGAGGCUGAGGCUCAGACCUCAGCAGAGAGACAAGGGGAAGAGGAAGAAGUAGAAGAAGAUGGAGUGAGUCCUGACACAGCAGGAGAAGAAGUAGGAGGUCUGAAAAUGAAAGAGAAACUGGAAAUUAAACCAGUAGGAGAUUAUGCAUCUAAACCAAAACCAAAACCAGAACCAGAAUCAGGAGAGGAAUCCGUAAUGGCUCCAUCCUCAGGAGUUAAACCAGACACAGCUGAAGGUGACCCAGAAGUCCUCGUGGCUAAAACCAGCCAAAGAUGGCGACCCAAACUGUCCAGGAUGGAGAGAGUCGAGUCUUCCUCCUCAUUGUCAUCCUCAGAAGAAAGGCUCAGUUGGACUCACAGUGGUGAAGAAUCAAAUCAACGUCCUGUUGACAAACAGCCAACUCAAACCUUCACCAGAACCCCCUCCCCCACUUCCCCAUCCUCCCUCGUCCUCCCUCCUUCUUACAGCCUUGCUCUUGGCCUGGACCUGCAGGAGGAAGAGGCGGGGAAAUAUAGGAGCAGGAAGAUGGAAGUAGUGGGGUCAGGAUUCAGAAAGCAGCUGCAAGCCUCAGGGGAGCAGAGUGACUUCAUGUCUGCUUCUGUGUCUACUUCCUGUCCGCUGGUAUCUCACACUCAGGAGCUGACGGCCAGCGAGCUGUUGAGGAACAGGACUUUCUACGAUGAGGGGCUGGAGUCAUCAGACUGUUUUUACAGCAACCAGCACCAGCUGCUGCAGCUGUGUUAUGCCCUUUACAACAUUCUUGCAGCCAGGUCAGAGACAGUGUGUUAUCUGGUCAUCGUGUUGAAUCACAUGGUGUCUGCCAGUUGUCUGACACUGGUACUUCCUGUUCUGGUGUUUCUGUGGGGGACGCUGUCGGUUCCUCGACCCAGUAAGACCUUCUGGAUGACGGCGAUCAUCUACACUGAGGUAACCAUUGUCAUCAAGUACUUCUUCCAGUUUGGUUUCUUUCCAUUCAAUCAGAAGCUGGAGGUGGACCGCUCCAAACCAUUCCACCCCCCGAACAUUCUCGGGGUGGAGAAGAAGGAAGGCUAUGUCCUGUACGACCUACUGCAGCUGCUUGCUUUGUUCUACCACCGAGCAAUACUCAAGUGUCACGGACUGUGGGACCAGACUGUUACCCUGGAGACGGACACUUUUCAUCACCAUGGCAACCAGGACUCCACCCACAUUACCAUCCCCACAGAUCUGGCCGACGCCGCCAACACAUUGCGUCGACGAGGCAGGAGACGGACACGGUCCAGCUCUACCCAGCUGCACUCUCCAGCAGGCAGUGUGAGUUCCAGAGCUCAGCAGCCCAGCAGGUUCAAUCUGCUGCUGGAGAAACUCAGAGAACUUUCCAUCAGGGCCAAGACGUACUUGGUUAGCAGGUGUAUGUCUCUCUACCAUCCCGUCCUUCAGUUCUUCAGAGCUCUCGUCCAACCAGAGUACAGCGCCGUGACUGAUGUUUACGUCCUCAUGUUCCUCGCCGAUACUGUUGACUUUAUCAUCAUCGUCUUUGGCUUUUGGGCCUUCGGAAAACACUCAGCAGCUGCUGACAUCACUUCCUCCCUCUCAGAAGACCAAGUUCCGGAAGCUUUCUUGGUGAUGGUUUUGAUCCAGUUUGGUACCAUGGUGAUAGACAGGGCUCUGUAUUUGAGGAAGACUGUUUUGGGGAAGUUGGUUUUUCAGGUGAUUUUGGUUUUUGGGAUUCACUUCUGGAUGUUCUUCAUCCUGCCAACAGUCACUGAAAGGCGGUUCAAUCAGAACCUGGUAGCUCAGCUCUGGUAUUUUGUCAAAUGUGUCUACUUCGGCCUGUCGGCCUAUCAGAUUCGAUCUGGCUACCCGACACGAGUUCUUGGAAACUUCCUGACAAAGAGUUACAACUACCUCAACCUCUUCCUGUUCCAGGGUUUCCGUCUGGUUCCCUUCCUAACGGAGCUGAGGGCUGUGAUGGACUGGGUGUGGACAGACACCACUCUGUCUCUGUCCUCUUGGAUCUGUGUGGAGGAUGUCUAUGCCCACUGCUUCGUCUUAAAGUGCUGGAGGGAGUCAGAGAAGAGGUACCCUCAGCCUCGUGGUCAGAAGAAGAAGCGGGUAGUGAAGUACGGGAUGGGUGGUUUGAUUGUACUGCUGCUCAUCUGCAUCGUCUGGUUUCCACUGCUCUUCAUGUCGCUCAUUAAGUCUGUAGCCGGAGUUGUCAACCGACCACUCGAUGUCUCUCUCACCAUUACACUAGGAGGCUUCCAGCCUAUCUUCACAAUGAGUGCACAGCAGAAUCAGCUCAAAGAUCUGACUGAGGAAGACUUCAGCUCCUUCAUCAGCUUCUACAGCUACACACCUAGUGCCUUGCAGUUCUUGGAGGCAUAUGGUCAUGAGGAUGUGACAGUGGCGGAGCUGCAGGGCAGCAGUAACUCCCUCUGGACCAUCAGUCCUCCCAGCAGGCAAUACUUGAGUCAGGUGCUCAAUCUAGACCACUUCCCGCUGACUGUGUCCUGGACUGUCCAAAGGAACUUGAGUCUGGGGGCAAAAGUGGAGCUUGCUUCAGGUAAACAUGUGACCUACCUGGAUGAUCAGACUCGUCUGGAGCUGAUCCAGUUGCUGAAUGGAACGAGGACACUUCCUGUGGUGAUACAAGAUGUGUUUCCAUGUUUCAUUCGCGCUCCCAGCGAUUCUAAUGCAAAACCAAUUGAACAGCUUUACACAGAUGGCCACUACAAGGACAUCUUGCUCGCACUGGAACGGUCAACCAAUCAGAGCCAGGAAUUCCAGGAGUGGUGGAUCGUUGACCAACCAGCUGCCAGCCUGGUUCUUGUAGGGGGUGGAGCUUCAAUGAGUGACAGGAGGGAGGCAGGGCUUCAGCUGUUUGUGUUCAGUGAUAAAGUCAGUCCUCCAAGUCUGGGCUUCCUGGCUGGAUAUGGCAUUAUGGGAUUGUAUGCCUCGGUGGUGCUCGUCAUUGGGAAGUUUGUCAGGGAGUUCUUCAGUGGGAUCAGUCACUCCAUCAUGUUUGAAGAGCUGCCGUGCGUUGAUCGAAUCCUUAAACUUUGCACCGACAUCUUCCUGGUCAGAGAGACAGGUGAGCUGGAGUUAGAGGAGGAGCUUUACGCCAAACUGAUUUUCUUGUAUCGAUCUCCAGAGACUCUGAUCAAAUGGACACGACGUUGAGCUCAUCGACUGUUUUUGUUUACCCCCUGAAGUGACAUCACAGACCGUGACACAGUCACUUCCAAACUGUGAACAGAACAUUUAUUAAAUGACAGACAACAUUCUCCAAAUAUGGUUUUUAAGGACAAAGGAACCAUACAUGAUGGUAGUUAAAGAACUAUACUGGACCAAAGCCAAGAACGUUUAUAAGACUUUUAUUAAGUCUGAAGGAACAUGAAACUUGUGGGGGGGGGGGGGAUCAGUGCAACAUUACCUGUUUGUUAGGUGACCAAUAGGAGCAGUCUCUGAUGAAAUCUAAACUGAUCUGAGGACAGUGUUAUACAACAGUGUUUAAUGGAAUAUUGUGGCAUAUUAUAUAAGUAUUAGUAUUGUUAAUUGCAGGGAUAUGUCACUUCCUGGAAAAGCUGGAAAUGCAGCACACAUAAGAGUCCCGGAAAACAAACUGUAUAAUUGGACACUGCUGAAAGACUGGUCUAUACAAGGUCUAUAAACCGGAAGUGAUGUCAAACAACGUACACAAUAAAAGUCCUGUACAGUUACACAGUCGUUUUGACUUAUUUGUCUUUACUUAAAUGUUUACGGGACAAGCCUCGGUAUUUCUCUUACUAUGUUAUCGUGAUGUUCAUUUUGGCUUUAAGUUCCUUGUAUUUAGUUCUAUGUUAUGUUUACUGAAUAUCCCAGGGGAUUAAUAAUAGAUCAGUGCCUGAAAUACUGAUAAAUAUUGAUAAACACUGAUACAAGAAUACUGUUACUAUGUACCAAUAAUAAGUUCUAUGAGUAUUCAUAAUAGCAGCAACUGCCUGUGAACGCUUUUAUUAACUCUACAUUAGCUCCUUGCUAGGGCUUCAUUAGGUCUACAUCAGCUUUACAUUAGCCUUAUAUCAGUUCUGUCUUAGCCAUCUUAGCUCUGGGUUAGCGCAAUGUCAACUCUCUACUGGCUCUGUGCUAGCUUUCAUAUAUACUAAACUGAUUUAGGGCUAGCUCUAUGUUAGCUUGUAAUUAGCUUUAGAUCUGCUUAGCUCUAUGUUAGCUUAGCUUUAUGUGUAAGUAAGCUCUGUGUCAGCUCUCAAUUAGAUGUACAUGUAAGUUUCCUCAUUGGCCUAGUUGUAGUUCUCAUUUAAUUCUGGCUCAUUAAACCAGCCCGAAUAGGAAUGAUAAGUAUGAGAUAUCCUGCCCUCACAGGUACAAGCUGAUUGGAUAGUGAUGAGGCUAUCAGUUGGAUUCAGUGAAAACAGUUUGUCACAACAUGACAAUGAAAGCACACACACAGGAUAUUUUUUCUCAUGUUGCCCUCUACUGACUUAAAACUGGAAGAAUAUGAAGCAGAUUAACAGAAUAAAUAUGGAAUAACCAUUAGACUAUGUUGCUUAAAGUUUUGGCGUAUAUUUCUUUCAGUUUGUGACACUUUAUUAUUAUUAGGUUGAUAAGAAUUGUAAACUGUUAACUCAGUGUUUCCUGUGAAUAUCUGAAUAAUUGUGAAAAUAAAAGACAUUUGUUUACAAGACUAA